AUGGCUAUUUCAGAGCUCCAAAGAUGCAAGCUUUGCACUGAGCAGCUCAGGCUGAUUAAUCUCCCCAUCGAGGACCUGUGCAGCCUGACGGCGCAGUCGCUCGCGGUCGCGCUGACGGCCGCGGUGCCGGAUUCGACGGAGGAUGUUCUCCUGAAAGGAUUUGCCACGCUGGGGAUGGAGGGGGAAAGAAUUGAAACGGCACAACAGUUCUUCUCGUGGUUUGCACAACUACAGACACAGAUGGAUCACGAUGAAGGUGCAAAGUACAGACAGAUGAGGGAUUACUUGUCUGGCUUUCAGGAGCAGUGUGAUGCUAUACUGAAUGACGUGAAUAGUGCCCUUCAGCAUCUGGAGUCAUUGCAGAAGCAGUAUCUCUUUGUGUCCACAAAGACAGGAACACUACAUGAAGCCUGUGAACAACUUCUGAAAGAGCAGUCAGAACUUGUUGACCUGGCUGAAAACAUCCAGCAAAAACUUUCUUAUUUUAAUGAGCUGGAAAAUAUUAGCACAAAAUUGAACUCCCCUACGCUGUCUGUGAACAGUGAAGGAUUCAUUCCAAUGCUGGCUAAGCUUGAUGAUUGUAUUGCAUAUAUUUCUUCACAUCCAAACUUUAAAGACUAUCCUGUAUAUUUGACAAAGUUUAAGCAAUGCCUUUCUAAAGCUAUGCACCUGAUCAAAACAUACACUGUGAACACACUGCAGAACCUCACAAGCCAGUUAAUGAAAAGGGAUCCUUCAGCUGUGCCAAAUACUGACAAUGCCUUCACACUGUUUUAUGUAAAAUUCAGAGCAGCUGCUCCCAAAGUCAGAACUCUUAUUGAGCAAAUAGAGCAAAGAUCUGAGAAAAUGCCAGAGUAUCAACAACUUCUCAAUGAAAUCCAUCAGUGUUACCUCGACCAGAGGGAGCUUCUGCUUGGUCCCAGUAUCGCUAGCACCGUUACAGAACUAACCAGUCAGAACAACAGAGAUCAUUGUGCUCUGGUACGAAGCGGUUGUGCCUUUAUGGUCCAUGUUUGCCAAGAUGAACACCAGCUUUACAAUGAGUUCUUCACAAAACCAACACCAAAACUGGAUGAACUCCUGGAGAAGUUGUGUCUUUCAUUGUAUGAUGUUCUGAGGCCAAUGAUCAUCCACGUUAUUCACUUGGAGACUCUAUCUGAACUCUGUGGGAUUCUCAAAAACGAGAUGCUUGAAGAUCAUGUGCAGAACAAUGCUGAGCAGCUGGGUGCUUUUGCUGCUGGUGUCAAGCAGAUGUUAGAGGAUGUUCAAGAGCGUCUUGUCUACAGGACACACAUUUACAUUCAGACUGAUAUCAUAGGCUACAAGCCUGCACCAGGGGAUCUUGCAUAUCCUGACAAGUUGGAAAUGAUGGAGCAAAUUGCACAGAGCUUAAAAGAUGAACAGCAGAAGCUGUCAUCCGAAGCUUCAUUUUCAGAUGUCCGGCUAGAAGAUCCAGAGUCCUGCAGCUUAGCUAAAUCUGGUAUGUUAUCUCUUAAUGCCAGGCACCAGACGACGAUUUCGCCAGCAGAUCUGCAUGGGAUGUGGUAUCCUACUGUCAGAAGGACUCUGGUGUGUCUCUCCAAGCUCUACAGAUGCAUAGAUAGGGCAGUGUUUCAGGGGCUAUCGCAGGAGGCUCUGUCUGCCUGCAUCCACUCGCUGCUCGGAGCUGCGGAUUCUAUCAGCAAAAACAAGACCCAGGUUGAUGGACAGCUUUUCUUAAUAAAACAUCUUUUGAUUCUUCGUGAACAAAUUGCUCCUUUCCACACUGAAUUCACCAUUAAGGAAAUUUCCCUGGACCUUAAGAAAACUAGAGAUGCAGCGUUUAAAAUCCUCAACCCAAAGGCAGUGUCAAGAUUCUUCAGGCUAAACAGCAACAAUGCCUUGAUACAGUUCUUACUGGAGGGUACUCCAGAAAUCAGAGAACAUUACAUCGACUCUAAAAAAGAUGUAGAUCGUCAUCUGAAAUCAGCUUGCGAGCAGUUCAUUCAGCAGCAGACCAAACAGUUUAUAGAACAGCUGGAGGAGUUCAUGACAAAGGUGUCUGCUUUAAAAACAAUGGCCACGCAAGGAGGUCCCAAGUACAGCCUGUCCCAGCAACCGUGGGCACAACCAGCAAAGGUCAAUGAUCUGGUCUCUGCCACUUACAAGACGAUAAAAACGAAGCUGCCGUCAACGUUACGAAGCAUGUCAUUGUACUUGUCCAAUAAAGAUACAGAAUUCAUUCUGUUUAAGCCAGUUAGGAAUAACAUUCAGCAAAUGUUCCAGAAACUCCAUGCUUUGUUAAAGGAAGAAUUUAGUAAUGAGGAUCUCCAGAUCAUAGCUUGUCCUUCAAUGGAACAGGUGAACUUACUUCUGUCAAUGUCCAAGUAGCCCAGCAGAGA